AAACACGGGAGUGUAUCAGGAGAAGGUGAAACACACCUCAUCACAUUGAAACACGGGAGUGUAUCUGAUCCUCCAGGAUGGUUGUUUCGCGGGUCUCACUGCUCGCUGGGCUCCUGUGUGUGACGGGCUUCAGGGUCCGGGGCCAGAACGACACCGAGCCCCUCGUGCUGGAGGGAAAGUGUUUAGUGGUGUGCGACUCCACUCCCACCUCGGAGCCGGCCGGGAACGCCCUGGGAAUGUCGGUGCGUUCGGGAAGCGGACGGGUCGCCUUCUCCGCCGUCAGGAACAACAACCACGAGCCGUCGGAGAUGAGCAACCGGACCAUGACCAUAUACUUCGACCAGGUUCUGGUGAACAUCGGGAGUCAUUUCGAUCCGGCACGGAGUGUUUUCCUGGCUCCGAGAAAAGGAGUGUACAGCUUCAGUUUCAACGUGGUCAAAGUCUACAACAGACAAACUAUACAGGUGAGUCUGGUGCUGAACGGCUGGCCGGUGUUCUCCGCGUUCGCCGGCGAUCAGGACGUGACGCGCGAGGCGGCGACCAACGCCGGUCUGGUGAACAUGGAGAGAGGAGAUAAAGCCUCGCUCAAACUGGAGAGAGGAAACCUGAUGGGCGGAUGGAAGUACUCCACCUUCUCGGGGUUCCUCGUGUUCCCCCUGUAGAAACAGAAGUGUGUGUGGAAAACAGAGACAUUGAUAGAAAGAACACAUUCAGCACAACGUUCACAAGUUCCUCGGC